AUGCUACUGAAUCAGAUGAGUCAUUUUAGUAUUGCUCCAAGCCAUUUUACUCAUUGUAUUCUGAUUGAUGCAUUUUCUAGGGAAGGAUCCAUGCAAGAUGCAGAAGAUGUAUUUGAGAUCAUGAUUCAGAGAGGUGAAAAUCCUGGUACAGUUAUAUAUAAUGCCCUGAUGAAUGGAUGCUAUUUGCAGGGCCAAAUGGAUAAAGCAAGGAAAAUUUUUGACGCCAUGGUUGAAAGGGGUGCUAAUCCAGAUAUUCUGAGCUACAGUACCCUAAUGAAUGCGCAUUUCAAGAAAAAUGAAAAUGAUGAGGCCAUGCAUCUCCUCAGGGAAAUUCCACAGAGAGGUUUGAGAGCUGACGUUGGUACAUAUAAUAUUGUCUUGCAGGGUUUAUUCAGGAUGGGAAGGUAUCGUUCUGCAAGAGAAGUAUUCAUUGAGAUGCGAGCUGCUUCCUUACCUCCUGAUUUUCAUACCUACUGUACAAUGUUGGAUGGCCUAUGCAAAUGUGGACAUAUUGAGGAGGGACUGCAAUUCCUGCAGAAGAUGGAAUUUGAUAGAGUCAAACUUGAUAUAACUAUGUACAACAUCAUUCUUCAUGUAUUGUGCAAAAGUGGGAGGUUUCAAUUUGCACGGGAUCUUUUCAAUAAUCUUUCUUUGCUGGAUGAAGCUAAAGAGUUUUUUGUGAAAAUGGAAGAGAUUAGUUGUUCAGCUAAUGGGAUAACAUUUAGUUUUAUUGCUCAAGAACUUCUUAGGAGAGGUGAAUAUAAUGAUGCACUGAGAUUUCUGGAAGAAAUGGCUAGAAGAGGAUUUAAAAUGGACUCAUAUACUUUCUCUAUUUUAAUAGAUUUGCUACAAGAUAAAGAAAAUUAUCCUUCUCUUAUGCAGAUAAUUGAGAAGUUUGGACCUAAUGAACUGAAGUCGAAAUCAUAA